CCGCGCAGGGAGGAGGGCGGCAGACGCGGAGGAACGUGAACGCGCGGCGCGUCUGUGUCCCGCUGUUUGUCUGAACGUAAGCUCGCUCUCUCUCGGACAGAACCGACACACACGCAGCGGAGAACCGCGAAGAGGGGGAAACAUUAUGGCGACGUUGGGACCGGAGUCGGCUCGUACUCCUCUUUCCCAGCUCGGUUCUUCUCCGUCGAUCCAGACUCACAUCGGCAGCGCCAACCUGCCUCCCAACCGGGGCUUGGAGCGGGCGCUGGAGGAGGCGGCGGCCAGCGGCGCACUCAACCUCAGCUCCCGAAAACUGAAGGAGUUUCCCCGGACAGCCGCCAACCAUGACCUGACGGACACGGUAGAGGCAGACUUGUCAAAGAACCGGCUGACUGAUGUCCCCACAGAGGUCUGCCAUCUGGUUGCCUUGGAGACACUAAACCUGUAUCACAACUGCAUCAGGACCAUCCCAGACAGCAUCAUCAGCCUGCAGUCACUCACCUCCUUAAAUCUCAGUCGUAACCAGCUGGGCUCGCUGCCGGCCUGUUUGUGUGGUUUACCUCUGAGAGUCCUCAACGCCAGCAACAACAAGCUGGUCAGCCUGCCAGAGACCAUCGGACAGCUGCACAGCCUCAUGGAGCUGGACAUCAGCUGCAAUGAGAUCACAGCUCUUCCUCGUCACAUCGGCAGACUCAAAGCUUUGCGAGAGCUAAAUGUACGCCGAAACCUUCUCUGUGUCCUGCCAGAAGACCUGGCUGAUCUUCCUCUGGUGAAGUUUGACUUCUCCUGUAACAAGGUGUCGACCAUCCCGGUGUGUUACAGGAAGAUGAAACAGCUCCAGUCCCUCCAGUUAGCAAACAACCCACUGCAGAGCCCACCUGCACAGAUCUGUAUAAAGGGUAAAGUUCACAUAUUCAAGUACCUGAGCAUCGAGGCGUGUCGCAGUGAGAAGAUGCCUGACUCUCUCUACCUGCCUGUCAUGGAGCGACUCAGCCUAUCACGGCCCACCACUGGCAGUGUGGAGGACAUGGAGCAGCAGAAGAAGCAGGACAGCGACUCAGGAGUCGGCAGCGACAACGGAGACAAAAGACUGUCUGCUACUGAGCCGUCAGAUGAAGACAGUCUGAGUCUCAACGUACCCAUGAGCCACAUCACAGAGGAGGACGGAAUCAGUAAAGACGAUUCCAGUGAACACAUCAGCUCCCUGACAGCAGACCCAAACUCCGACUCAGUCCGUCUGAUUGAGGAGAGCCCCACAGAGGCCCUGAAGGACCAGUUCAGCUACAGAGACUCUGCUCUCAGCACUCGCUUCAUCAACUACAUCAAGGGGCGGACAGCAGCAGACUUUGACGAGCCCCUCAGGAUAGAAGAAGACUCACACUGGCCAACAGAACAAAGGUCAAAGGUUACAGGGGGCACAGAGCUCCAUAUCGACAUGAUCAACCAGCUGAAGGAAGCUGUGGAGCUGCUGCAGGACCCCAGCAGAGUGAACGCGGAGCAGGACGAUCUGUCUGGAGUGCAGCUCUACCCAGUGGAGAUGGUCACAGUGGACGAGUCACUCAACGGGCAGGACAGUGAUGACGGCGCCACAACACCAAAGCAGCACUUGGAGGGAGGUGGCUAUGAGUUCCAGAAGAAGAGACAGAUGAUUCUAGAGAAGGCCAGAUUUGAGGCCCAGCUUGCAUGCCAGGAGUAUGAAUGGCAUAUGUCAAUCAAGCGACAUGACAGAUCUCCAGCCAGUGGACUUCCAUCCUUCUCCAGCCCGCCAUUUGGACUGAAGCCCCGUUCAGCCCCACCCUCGCUGCCUUGCUCGCCCCCUCCUUCCUGUCUCGCCCCCUCCCUCCUCUCACAGGCCUCACCCCUCCAUAGAGAUACACAUCGUAGCCAUGACGACGGAGGCAUGCACGGCCGCGUGUUCCUGCGGAGCCACAAGAGUCUGGAGUCUGUGGAUCCUCAGUUCACCAUGAGAAGAAAAAUGGAGCAGCUGCGAGAGGAACUGGAGCUCAUGGAGCAGCUGAGAGACAGCAUCGAGAGCAGACUGAAGGUGGUUCUUCCUGAAGACCUCGGCUCGUCUCUGAUGGACGGCGUGGUGCUCUGCCAUUUGGCCAACCACAUUCGCCCGCGCUCCGUCGCCAGCAUCCACGUUCCCUCACCUGCAGUGCCCAAACUCAGCAUGGCUAAGUGUCGGAGAAAUGUGGAGAACUUCCUGGACGCCUGCAGGAAGAUAGGUGUACCAGAGGACACUGAUGACGACACUAAACUGUAAACCAGAUCUGGGAGGAAGGAUGAUGGUUCCAUGUUUUUAACAGCAGCAGUUUUUCUGGUGUGAUCCCCCCUGAAAUCAAGAUUCCUAAUCAGAGCAACAUCGAAUGAUCCUUUGAUACUACUAACUGCCCGGGAAGUUGUUGAGAACAAUGUAACAUCCGUCCGUCACUAUCUCUAAAGUGAAGCUUGAGAACCACUCAGCCUUUUCCCAGGACUGGUUCAUUUUCUUACUUGCCUCCUUUUUGUUCUCAUUGCUUUUAAACGGGGGGGGGUUUAAUGUCGACAUUUAACGCUGAUUCAUCACCGCUGUCAUCGCUGCCUGUGGCUCCCAGCUUCCUCCAUCAUGACAGGAGUCGAUCAGAUCAGCAGCUUCAGUCCGAGCUGACUGAGUUGCUCCGGGGUUAGUGUGUGUGUGUGUGUGUGUGUGUGUGUGUGUGUGUGUGUGUGUGUGUGUGUGUGUGUGUGUGUGUGUGUGUGUGUGUGUGUGAGAGAGAGAAUGCAUAUAUAAAAGUUUAGAUUUUAACCCUGUACUGUGUCAAAUGUGUCCAAAUCUUGUGCAUAAUACUUUAAAGUAUUGUAAAUAUCUUAGUGUGCAGCCUGGACGUGUAAAAGGAGAACAUGGUGUCUCAGUCCAGGACUAGCAUCUGUCCAGUGUUCAGGUGCUCUGACAGGUGGAUUCUGGGAAAUUCAGCAGCAGGAGAAAGAAAGCUAAAAUCAACAUAAUGUAAUAAAGUGUGCUGCACACUAAAUACAGCAUCAUCCUGGUGAAACAGGAUGAGAGGAGGCAACACAGCCAAUAGGAUACUAGUUAAAGAGAGAAAGGCACUUUCAUUGGUAAAGAGGGGACUGUAGGGCCUUAAUUGUUAAUAUUUAUCACAUAAUUUGAAAAUUCUCCUUGACCUCAGAUCUUUAUGGCAGUCUGGUUGUUGAUGCACUCAUAUUAUUGUAUACACUGGUCCUGAGUGAACAGCUGUAUUAUAUCUUAUAUAUUUACAGUUGCAAUGACAAAUCUUUAUUAAACCAGGAAAGUGGAUGACGGAAAUUUAAUAUAAAAAGGUGAAUGUUAUGAAAUUGAAAUAGAAAAAUUUGGGGACUCUCAUCAUUCUGGAUUGUUUGGUACCUUCCACUUUAAAUGUGAUCAUUUUAUUAUAUUUGUUUAUGUUAUUUUAUAUUUUUGUUUUUGUUUUAACACUUUAAUGGUCCCAACCAGUAAAAAGUACUAGAUAAAUGAUUUAUUUGUUAGUACCUUUGGGCAGUAACAUAAGCAAUAUACCAUACAGGAAUAUGUCCAUUUACAGUAAAAGUGCCCUUUCAACAAUCUGCAUAGAUUUGACUCCAUUAAAGUGAAAUAAAAAUGACAUCUCUUUUUACAAAUAGGAUCAAUAUCUAAACCCCAAUAAAUAAAACACUUUUACAUAGAUCAUAAACAUGGACAUUUUUUUUAUAAAGAUUAUUUUUUGGCAUUUGGCCUUUAUUUAACAGUCAGUGGAGGGAGACAGGAAACAGAGAGAGAGAGAGAGAGAGAGAGAGAGAGGUUGCCACAUAGGUUCCGCGCCUGGAGUCGAACCAUGAGUCCUGUGAUUAUAUGGUAUGCACCUCAACUGUUUGGUCUGACUUGUAUUCAAAGACCAGAAUGAAGUAUUUUCUAUUGACUUUAAAUUGGACACAGCCGUUUAACAGAGGUUGCAGUGCCCCCAGUGUCUACAACUAUUAUUGCUUAACUCUCAAUGGUAUCACCGUGGGUCUACCUAAUUAAUUCAAAUUGAUGUAAUAAUUUCAUCAACUAUACAAAGUAUUAACAUUGGAGUUAUCAUACUGACAACAGUUUAUCAAAAACUUUGUAUUUCAAUAUUCUGUACACACUUCAACUAAGUGUUGAAAUGGCUCAAAGUAGUUGAAGUAAGUCAUUUUUCAACAAGAAAUAAUAACUUAAAAUGCUCCACCAGACAUCAAAGACCAUUAAAGGGUUAAUGUGUACUUUUUUCCUUUUUUCACUUAUACAAAACCUAGGACUUCUGUGUUUUUUUUCUGUGUGAGAAAAUAAAGAGUUGAAGAUAUUUAUUCCUUCUGGUUCUGAGCUGUUUCUCUGAACUGACUGGUUGACCUUUGACCUCCAUCACUGCUGCUGCUGCUGCUGCUGCUUGCUGGCUUCUUCCAGUCUCUCCUCCAGCCUGAAUGCAUCACCAACAACGCUUCUGCAAGCUAACGUGCUAAUAGCUUCUGCAAGCUAACGUGUGUUGGCUUGACUGCACUGGCUCUCCCAUCAGCCGCUUCACUCCUCAUUAUGGUCUGCUUACUGGGGGAGAGGAGAGGUCACCUGACAAAGGUGUCAAAACUUUUUCUCCAUCCUCUCAGUAAGUGCCUGCUUGUUGCCAUGGUAACCCCUGUCCGCCUCGCCCCGCCUCACCUCACCAGCUCACACUCUUUUCUGUGACCCUGGACCUCUGUGCCCAUUGGUUAAUCUCCUGCCUUUUCUUUCUCUUUUUACUUUCCGGCUGGAUCGCACCAUGUCCUCCUCCUCUUCCUCUUCUCCUCUCUUCCUCCUCCUCUUCCUCUUCUGCUCUCCAACUCCUUUUUGAUACUUCCUAUUCCAUAUGUUUUGUUUUUCACUUUUCAUAUUUCUGUCUUCCUCUGGAUUAUUUCAAACUGCCUUUUGAAACUUUGGUUUUUCUGCAAUGGUUUGUUCACUUCUUCCGUCCCCAUCCUCUUCAUCACAUUAUCCUCUUCUACUCCUCUUCUUUUCCUCUCAAACCUUUGUUCUGUCACUUGUGUCUUCUGCUCUCUGUUUUUCACACUUUUCUUCCUCAACUUCCUCAUUCUCUAUUGUUUUCCUCUCAACAUCAUCUUUUUCCUCUUCACCUCUUAA